UUCAUGAGAGAAUUACUCUUUCGCGAGGAGGCUUUAUAAUUUCAAUAUUUUUCCGAUACAAAAGAUAUUUUUCUCUCGGCGACGGAAACAACAAAUCUCACCCGCGGCUAAAGGAAGAAGAAGAAGAAGAAGAAGAAGGGUAUGACGACAAUCAGUCUACGGAAGGCAAACACAAGACUCCCACCGGAGGUGAACCGAGUGCUCUAUGUUCGUAACCUUCCCUUCAACAUAACGAGCGAGGAGAUGUACGAUAUCUUCGGCAAGUACGGCGCCAUCCGCCAGAUUCGAAUCGGUUGCGACAAGGCGACCAAAGGUACGGCGUUCGUCGUUUACGAGGAUAUCUACGACGCCAAGAACGCCGUCGACCAUCUCUCCGGCUUCAACGUCGCGAAUCGAUACCUAAUCGUGCUGUAUUACCAACACGCGAAGAUGAGCAAGAAGUUUGACCAGAAGAAGACUGAAGAGGAGAUCACCAAGCUGCAGGAGAAGUAUGGAGUCUCUACUAAAGAUACGUAAUUUGUCUUCUUCGAUUCCUUUGGUUUUCCUGUUAUUGCUGCAAUUUAGGGUUUUUAAUUUGGGGGAAGAUGUGAAACUCUUUUUAUCUGUAUGGUUUUGGUUAUGUGUGUUUGCUCUUUUGUCCUUUACAUCGACCAAUCAGUGAAAAAAUACAUCUUUUUUACUC